UACAAGUUACCAUAGCAACAACCGGCCGGAAGUACCUCAGCGUCAACUCAACGCUUGCCAAAGAUUUCGACAAGUGACACCAAUGCAAACCAAAGGAACAGAGUCAACCUCUACAUUGAAAUUGAACACUGCUGUGAAGUGGAGCAUGUCUGAGGGUGAACGCUGCGCGGGGACAGCGAGAAGGUACCGUGACAGGAACGACACUUUCAUUGAAAUCAUGGAGGCUCGCCAGGAGCAGGAACAUCUCGUGGCUAUACAGGAGCAGCGCUUUCAGAAGUUGGAGAGUUUGCGACAAUGUGGAGAUAAGCUGUUAAAGGAGGCGAAGGAGGCCAUGGAAUUAAUCUCAAAUUUUGACAUUUCUCCAAAGGAACAUGAUGCUGCUCAGACGGUGAAAAGGGCAGAACUAGAGAGGAAAGAAGCCAACAAGAAAGAGGUGGAGGUGAAGAUGCUGCAGGAGGAGUACACUCAAUUGCAGCGCAGAAAACACCAGCUCCUGCAUCGCGUGCAAAGAGACGCGGUGUAUCGGGACUUCAUGCAACAGGUGUUGAAGCUAACACGGUUUGAAGAUGAAGCAUCUCUGGCAGGUCAUCUGGAGAAUCUUCUUCGCAUCAGGGAGCAGCUCUGUGAGAAGCAGAGGUUAGCCGAGGAGCAGGUGGACAUGCAGAGGAAAGCCCUGCUGACCUUCAACAGCCAACAUCGCUUGAUGCUUCUGCAGUGCAGCAACCAGCUGUCAGAGCUGCACCACAAACUGGACAGGGCAGAACCCGAAGUGGAACACUGGGAGACAAAGUGGAAACACAUUCAAGGCACUGCAGCCAAGGAAACGCUGCUGCUGGGAUUGAUCAAGAUGGCAGCACUCAACCUCUACGAGUUGACGAGCGGCGACGUGGAUGGAGAGAAAGGCGUCCCACUGAGUGACACCGACACACAACUGGACAAGAUCAAGAUGUUCAUGCAGGACCACAAGGACAUUGUAAGACUAUAUCAAGGUAGCUCACAUAGAAACGAUGAAGAAAAGAACAUUCUUACACUAACACAACAUUAAAGGACUGUACCGCUGUUUAUGACCUAAAUAUUAUCGGACUGUAUUUAAAUCAUUUGGAUCUAAAAUGUUAAUUUGUGAAUUUUCAUGAAGCAUCCAUCAUGGUCGAUGUUCGAUGGAAUCACAUAGACUUGUUUCAUGAUCAAAAAUGAAGAACAGAUUACAUACAAUUGGUCAUCGAUAUCUUUCUAUACGCGUUUCCAGUUUCCAAUAAAUGUUUACGACAGACACACACACACAUAUGAACAGCUCAGAUUCAAAGAAAUUUACAUCUCAAAGUACUCUUAUUGUCUUAUUGUGUUUUUAGAGUCAGAUUCUACAUUUCAACUUGAUUUAGAGUGACCUUCCCCGAGACUUUAGCUUCAAAAAAUAAUCUUCUCAAAAUCACAUAAUCUGUUGUUCACAUACUACUACUGAAUUGCGAUGAGAUUGAAGACAGCCCUCGUUGAAGAGCUGCAGUAUACCGGUAAGCAGGAAAAGAAAUUCAACAUGACAUACUGAGGAAGUAUUUACAAACACCAAUUAAUUUUACUGAUCGCCUAUCCAUAGCCAGACGGUUGAUGACUCUGAGUGUGCAAGUUGAAUACACAGGAUCCUCCCUGCAUAAUUUCAAUUUAUCACAUCAAUUUGGUAAGCAUUUACUUUUCUUAUGAUCUCCUUGUAAGAGGAAUUUACAUAUAACUCUCAUAAUUGAGCAAACCAAGACUUGAAAUUACUUGACUAUUAAAAACUGCCAAGUAUCCAAAAUGUGGGAGUAUUGCGUCACAUAUGAAGGAUACAUCAUGAAAUAGGAACAGUGUUGGUUCAGAAACAGAAAUGUAAAUAUAUUCAUUUUUCCCAUGACUUUUAUUCAUAUUAAAUGACCAAAAA